AUGAAUUCAACUACAAUGGGAAUGGACUCUGUAGAGUACUGCUUUCAAAAUGUGCAUAAAUCUUGUGUAAAGAUGUCUAGAUCUGUUGGUGUGCGAACAGCCAUGUAUUUUGUGCUUCUUUUGACUGUUCUGAUCACGAUAGGUGGAAAUCUAGUUGUGAUCAUUUCUAUCUCACACUUCAAACAGCUUCACACACCAAAUAAUUUACUUGUCCUUUCACUGGCCACAGCUGACCUUCUGCUAGGGGUAUGUGUGCUUCCCUUUAGCAUGAUAAGAACAGUUGAAAACUGUUGGUAUAUGGGGCCUGUCUUUUGCACACUGCACACCUGUAUAGACGUCUUGCUUUGUACAGCUUCAAUUUUCAACUUAUGCUUCAUUGCCAUUGAUCGUUAUUAUGCAGUGUGUGAUCCACUUCGCUAUGCAAGUAAAAUUAACUUCAGAGUGGCUUGGGUAUUUAUUGCUCUUGCUUGGGUGUUGCCUGCUAUGUACAGUUUUGGAUUAAUUUACACCAAAUCCAAUGACAAAGGUCUAGAAGAUUUAGUUGCCAUAUUGUCAUGUGAGGGUGGCUGUUUACUCCUGUUUAAUAAAUUAUGGGCCAUGUUGGAUGCACUGGUUUUUUUUGUGCCAUGUUUUGCAAUGAUAGGUAUAUAUGCACGCAUUUUCACUGUUGCUAGAAAGCAGGCAAGGAUGAUACAGAGUAUGGAAAACAGAACACAUUCUAAAGAAGACAAUAAAAGCAGAGCAAAUCGUAAUAGAGAACAAAAAGCUGCUAAAACGUUAGGGAUAGUAAUGGGAGUCUUUCUUAUUUGCUGGGUACCUUACUUCACAGACACAAUGAUUGAUGUCUAUGUCAAUUUCACCACACCUUUGGCUGUAUUUGAUGGUUUAAUUUGGUUAGGUUACAUUAAUUCUACCUUUAAUCCACUGAUAUAUGCUUUCUUUUACCCAUGGUUUCGAAAGGCACUGAAGCUUAUUGUUACAUUCCAGAUAUUCUGUACUAACUCGUCAAACAUGCAACUGUAUGCUGAAUAA